AUGCCGCGCCCGCCCAAGAACAAGGCCAUCCCCGAGCCUGCUGUGCUCCCGGUUGUUGCGCCGCCCAACGUCCUCCCGGCUGCCAUCCCCCCUCAGGCGCUCACCUUCAAGGCGCCCCCCGUUAUUGAUGUCGACCAGUUCGUCCGCGAAAGAAAGCGAAAACAAAAACAACGCGCUCAACGCGUUCUCACAUGUCUACCACCAACUCCGCCCAGAGUUGUUUACAUGACCCCAAAUGUCUACCAAAGGCUUCAGACUAUCCAGGACUUGAUUAGGAGCUUCUCCCAGGAUUAUCUGCGCCAAACCAACCUUCUCAUCGGCGAGGGCACUAGCCUUGAGAAUGGCGCUGAGCUGGAGCGCGUCGCAGGCACUUUCACCAACUUGAUCCCCGCUGCUCUUGCUGCGGCCCCUCCCCCGCCUGUUGAGGAGAAGAAGGAGCGCAAGAAGCGCACUCACGACCCCAAUGCGCCCAAGCGUCCCCUGACUCCGUACUUCUUGUACAUGCAGACCGCUCGCCCCAUCAUCGCCAACGAUCUAGGUGACCAAGUGCCCAAGGGCGCCGUCCAAGAUGAGGGCCAGCGUCGGUGGUCCGUCAUGACCCCGGCCGAGAAGCUCGGCUGGAACCAGGCCUACCAGUACAAUCUGCGCCUCUACAACGCGCGUGUCCACUCGUACAAGAACGGCAACCCAGAGGCCAAGAACAUGUCGGACGAGGACGCCCGCGCCUACGCCGACCAGUACGGCAUCGGCGUCCCUCCCCUCAACCAGGGCGAGGAGGCUCCGGCCAACGACCAGGAGGCCAUUGCCGAGCAACUGCAGCAGCACGUCCCAGAGCCCGCGCCCUCGGAACCGUCUGAGGCCGAGCCCGCCGCCCCGGUGGCUAAGACCCCCAAGAAGGCGCCCGCGGCCCGCAAGCGCAAGAGCACGGCUGCUGCCACCCCAGCGGCCGCGACCGAGCCCGAGCCGGUCAAGCCCGCGGCGACACCCGCCAGCCCCGAGAUCAAGAAGCGGAAGCGCACGUCCAAGGCGGCGGAUCAGGUGGUGGCCGAGGAGCCUAAAAAGUCUGGUCGUAAGAAGACCAAGACCGGCUAG